CCAAUAAAAGCAACCAAACAACAUCAAAAUAGAAUAAACAUAUCAUGUGCGACAACUUAAACAAAGACUACAAAAUCUGCGAAGAACUCGGCCGUGGUCGGUUCGGCAUCGUCUACCAGUGUGUCUCCAACACCACCGGUGCCACUUUCGCAUGUAAAUCCAUCGACAAACGACUCUUAUCCGACCCAACUGAUCUCGAAUGUGUCGAGAAAGAACCAAAAAUAUUACAAUCACUUAAACGUAACCUCCACACGGUUCAAAUAUACAAUAUCUACGAAGAUGAUGAUUAUCUACACAUGAUCAUUGACCUUUGCGACUCCCCUGACCUUUUCGACCGAAUAUCAAGCCACAACGGGCCGUUUUCAGAGCCCGAAGCUUGUGGGGUGUUGUCACCUUUGUUAUUAUCCAUUUUUAAUUGUCAUUUAUCUGGUAUCGCGCAUAGAGAUAUCAAGCCGGACAACAUUUUAUUUGAUGCUAGAGGAAAUUUAAAGUUAGCUGAUUUUGGGUCAGCUGAAUGGUUUGGCGCUGAUGUGGCAGGGAUGAUGACUGGGAUCGUGGGUACACCGUACUAUGUUGCACCCGAAGUUUUGUCUGGUAGGGAGUAUAAUGAGAAAGUUGAUAUUUGGAGUGCGGGUGUUGUUUUAUAUGUUAUGUUAGCUGGGGUUCCUCCGUUUUAUGGAGAAACCCCAACUGACACAUUUCAAGCUGUUUUAAGAGGGAAUUUACGGUUUCCUAGUAGAUAUUUUCGAUCUGUUUCGUCUGAAGCUAAAGAUUUGUUGAGGAAGAUGUUGUGUAAGGAUGUUUCUAGACGAUUUUCUGCUGAACAAGUUUUAAGACAUCCAUGGAUCCUAAGUAAAGGGGAAACUCGAUCAAUGGCGGAUUUAACUUGAAAAUAAAGAAAGCUCGUUCUACCGUUCUGUAGUCGAGAUUAACCAACAUGAGAUUUUUCCUCGAUCUGUCGAUCUUCAUUUAGUACGAAAGUUCGAUGAACAACGUUUUUCUGUUUUUCUAAGAAGACUGAGGACUAUACUUUCAAUAUCGUUUAAUUUUGUUGUUUGAUAAUAAUGCAAUUUAUCGAUCUUAGGGUGUUA